AUGGAAGCAGAUUUGAGAUGUAAUGUUGUUCAAUGUCGAAAAAUUCUAAAUACUGAGAGUCGCGCUGACGAUAUUGUAUUCACUGAUUUGAAUCCAAGUGAAGAUUAUAAAUCUUCUGUCCUUUCAGGUCUUCGGCCAGAUCUUGUAGUAGAAAUUUGUUCAAGAGCGUUAUCAUUUUGGACAUAUCAAACAACUCAGGAAGCUUGUUUUCAAGAAAUGUUGUACAAGAAUUUAGAAGAAAAGUACACUCAAUUAGAAAAGCAAGUACAAGGAGUUAUGAGAGAUGCCCAAUCCGAAAUUACUUCUUUGAGAGCCAAACUUCAAGCAUUACAGAAAGAUAUGGAACUCGAAAAACGAAAAACGCAUGAUUUAGCUGAACAGUUACAAGAAAAGAGCAGGCAAUUUUCGAAGUUACAGAUAAUGUAUGAUAAAUUAAAACGUAGAACAUUGGUUCCAGCAAUGCAACAAACUGUCCAAAAUAACACUACUUCUAAUGUCGGAGCUUGCAAUCCAAUCAGUGGUGGUAUGAGUGCGAGACAGGAUGGAGUUUCUAAUCAAUCUGGAAUGGCACGAUUAUAUAAUGAAAAUAUUAUGACUAAUAAUCGUGCACCCGCAAAUCAACAACAGUGGAAUACUACAAAUAAUCAAGAAAAUGAUUAUUAUGAUCCUUAUACGCUUCAUCGAGCUCAACCCUCUUCAACACAAGAUUAUCACUCCGUACGUGAACAAACACUUGCGAUUGGAAUGAACAAUAAUUAUAAUACAAGAUUAGGAGGUGUUGGAAGAAGGAUGAUGGAUGGGAAUGAAAUGAAUGCUUUCCAAUCUAAAGGACCUUUUACGCAAACACGAACUCCUUUUGCAAUGGCAUCCAAUCAAGGUGUCAGAACGAGAGGCAUCGGAUGAAUUAUUCAUUUGUUAAAAUUGUCUCUCUUUAAAACAUUAAUGAAUUAGCUUGAAAUAAUAAACCAGAUCAGUGAUAUUGUCAUUAAAUCAUGGG